UGUAUGCUAACAGGAGAGAUGAAUUGGAGGAUGCUAUGGCAAAAAAUUUGUUUAUAAGUGAAAGAUUAAUAAUUAGCCCUCCAUGUCUGAGAUUACCCAAGUCAUUUAGCCAAAUUUUUUUUUAAAGAAUAUAUCCAAGCUUCCUUUUAAGCAAAUCUAAUUUCUUCAUCUUUCUUACAUCUUUCAGGCACCGGUAGAGCCAUGGAGAACGCAAAUGACACCACAGGGGUAAACUUCAUUCUUCUAGGGCUCUUUAGUGACACACAGAUCCACCUCUUCCUCUUUGCCAUGGUGCUCAUUAUCUUCAUCACCUCACUGAUGGGCAAUGCCCUUAUGAUCAUCCUCAUCCGUGUGGACCCUCGACUCCACACACCCAUGUACUUCCUGCUUAGUCAACUUUCCCUCACGGACAUGAUGCUGGUCUCCACCGUUGUUCCCAAAAUGGCAGCCAACUACCUGACAGGCACUAGGUCCAUCUCUCCCACUGGCUGUGGAGCCCAGAUCUUCCUGUUUCUCACUCUGGGAGGGGGUGAGUGCUUCCUCUUAGCGGCCAUGUCCUAUGACCGCUAUGUGGCCAUAUGUCACCCAUUGUGCUAUUCCAUUCUCAUGAGUCAGAGGCUCUGCUUGCUCAUGACGGCAGGUUCCUGGCUCCUGGGAGGGGUUGAUGGGCUGAUGCAAGCUGGUGCCACUUUGAGCUUCCCUUACUGUCACUCACGGGAAAUCAAUCACUUCUUUUGUGAGGCACCAUCGCUGGUACGCCUUGCCUGUGCUGACACCACGAUUUUUGAGUUUUUCAUGUAUGUCUGCUGCAUUCUGAUGCUCUUGAUCCCUUUGUCUCUCAUUUUGGCCUCAUACAGCCUUAUCCUGGCUGCAGUGCUUCGCAUGCAGUCAGCUGCAGCCCAGAAGAAAGCCUUCACGACUUGCUCCUCUCACCUGGCAGUUGUGGGACUCUUCUAUGGCACCCUCAUAUUCAUCUACAUGAGGCCCAAAUCUUACCGUUCAGUUGGCCGUGAUAAGGUGGUCUCAGCUUUUUAUACCAUCUUCACACCUGUCUUGAACCCGCUUAUAUACAGCGUGAGGAAUAAAGAGGUCAAGGGGGCCUUGAGGAGGUGGCUGGAAAAACAUUUUAUGCGAUAUUGAUAUUGAGCAUAAUUUGCCAAAAUGGCGACAUCCUAACUGGAUAGAGGUUACAGUUCCAAAAUAUCAUUUUGUUAUGUUAUUCAUCCCGUUUAAAUGCUUCUUUUGUGUUGUUUCAAGUUAUUUUGGCCUUCAUUUGCCAAUCUGGCUGCAUUGUUUCUAUAAGGUUAUUUUUAUAUUUGGUCCUGCUGCCAUGGCUUGCAGUGGCAUUUUUCCU